GGUUUUGGGGCCAUGAUAUCAUUACCUUGUGUUAGCUCCCAAGAGAGAAAAAGACUGGCUUGGAUUAUCAUUUAAACAAUUUUCACUGUGAAUACAUAGAGUUUCCUGAGUCUUUUGCUGAUUAGAUUCUUGGAUACCACAAACACUUUAAAGCAAAUAUACAUUUUAGCCAAGAUCACUCAUGCUCCUGGACUCCUCAGGCUACUCCAGCAUUGGUAAUAUCAUUUCUUGAGCCACUGGGAUAUGCAUAGAAGAAAAAGUAAGACAUAAAAGAUUCACAAAGUUUGCAAGAAGAUUCAGAAGAACAACCUACAGUUGGGGAUAAAUUAGAGCAUCUUCUGAAAUCUGUCAGGUCAGAUGUGCUGAACUGCCCUGAAGAAUUAUUGCUUAUAUGCUCAAAGUCCAGGGUACACAGGAGACAACCACAGGGUCAACGUUCUCACUGGCAUUAUCUGGAUCAAACCCUCCUGUGACCUGUGUGGUGAAAUUCUGAACAUCGUGAUGCUGCACUAAUGUGAUAAUUAGUGCUGUUAAAACUCAACAAAGAAGUAGUCUCACCCGAGAACCAGGACAUGAAAAUAGUGUAGCCCCUCAAGGCAUGGCUGGACAUUCCAUCUUGUAUUUCUUUCUGCUGAGCAUUAUGAUUCAUGGGGCCCAAACAUGCUUCUGUGAUCACUUCCCCUGGACUCAGUGGUCCAGCUGCUCAAAAACAUGCAAUUUUGGAACCCAGAGCAGACAUAGGCAAAUAGUAAGUAAUUACUAUUGGGAUAGCUCGUGUGACCAGCUUUGCACCAAGCAGGAAACCAGAGUGUGUAACUGGCAGGCGUGUCCUAUCAACUGCAUCCUGGGAGAUUAUGGGCCAUGGUCAGAUUGUGACCCUUGCCUUAAAAAACAAACUAAGGUUAGAUCGAUCUUGCGCCCUAGUCAAUUUGGGGGGCAACCAUGUACUGAGCCUCUGGCGACAUAUCAACCAUGUAUUCCAUCUAAACUCUGCAAAAUUGAAGAGGUUAACUGCAAGAAUAAAUUCCGCUGUGACAGUGGACGCUGCAUUGCCAGCAAGUUAGAAUGUAAUGGAGAAAACGACUGCGGAGACAAUUCAGAUGAACGGGGAUGUGGGAGAAGCAAGCCAGUGUGCGCUCGGACGUACGUGCCCAUCCCUAGUGUGCAGAUGAUGGGCGCAGGAUUUCAUUUUCCGUCAGGAGAGUACAGAGGAGAAGUCCUUGAUACCUCGUUCACUGGAGGAAUAUGUAAAACUGUCAAAAGCAGUAGAGCAAGCAAUCCAUACCGUGUUCCAGCCAAUCUGGAAGACAUCAACUUUGAGGUACAAACUGAAGCAGAUGAUUUGGAAACAGAUUUCUACAAAGAUUUAAUAUCUUUUGAAAAGAAAGAAGAUAAAAAAUCCUCAUCAUUUGGUAUAGAGAGAGAUAAUUUUCAUGUACCAAUUUUUUAUUCCUCAAAAAAAAAUAAAAAUAUUCAACAUAAGUCAUCCUUCAAAGAAGCUAUUCGGGCCUCCUAUAAAAAGGAUUCUAGUUUUGUUAGAAUCCAUAAAGUGAUAAAAGUUUUAAACUUCACAAUGAAAUCUAAGGAUCUGCAUCUCUCUGAUGUCUUUUUGAAAGCACUUAACCACCUGCCUUUAGAAUACAACUUUGCUUUGUACAGCCAAAUAUUUGAGGACUUUGGAACUCACUACUUUACUUCUGGAUCCCUGGGAGGAAUAUAUGAUCUUCUGUACCAGUAUAGUAGUGAAGAGUUAAAGAAGUCAGGUUUAUCAGAGGAAGAAAUCCAAACCAUUGUCAGGAUUGAAACAAAGAAACGUUAUGUAUUUUUUACGAAAAAAAAAGUAGAACAUCACAGCACCACUACCAAGACAUCUGAGAGCUAUGAAGGUUCAAUUUUGCAGAAAGCGGAGAAAUCCAUAUCCCUGGUUCAAGGUGGGAAGAGCGGAUAUGCAGCAGCUUUGGCAUGGGAGAAAGGAAACGCCAUUCCAGAUGAGAAAGUUCUUUCUGAGUGGUUAGAAUCAGUGAAAGAAAAUCCUGCUGUGAUUGACUUUGAGCUUGCUCCCAUCAUGAACUUGGUCAGAAACAUCCCCUGUGCAGUGACAAAGCGGAACAAUCUCAGGAAAGCUUUGAGAGAAUAUGAGGCCAAGUUUGAUCCUUGCCAGUGUGCUCCAUGCCCAAAUAAUGGCCGUCCCACACUUUCAGGCUCUGAAUGUCUCUGUGUGUGCCAAAGUGGGACUUAUGGGGAGAACUGCGAGAGAAGGUCUCCGGAUUAUAAAUCUAAUGCAGUGGAUGGAAACUGGGCCUGCUGGUCUUCCUGGAGUGCGUGCGAUUCUACGCAUAAGAGAUCAAGAAGCCGAGUGUGCAAUAACCCUGCACCCCAACAAGGAGGGAGACACUGUGAGGGGGAGGACCGGCAGGAGGAGCACUGCACCUUUUCAAUAAUGGAAAAUAGAGGUGAGCCGUGUAUCAGUGAUGAUGAAGACAUGAAAGAGGUAGAUCUUCCUGAUAUAGAAGCAGAUUCAGGGUGUGCUAAGCCUGAUCUUCCAGAAAAUGCAUUUAUUUGGAAUGAAAAGACACUGUACAAAGUUGGGGAAGAAGUUGAAAUUUCAUGCUUAACUGGAUUCAAACCUGUUGGCUACCAGUACUUCAGAUGCCUACCAGACAGGACCUGGAGGCGAGGAGAUGUGGAAUGCCAGCGAAUGGCAUGUCUCAAGCCAGUUGUGGCAGAAGUACUGACCGUCUCCCCAUUUAAGAGUCUAUACAGAAUUGGUGAAUCCAUUGCAUUGGCUUGCCCCAAAGGCUUUGUGGUGACUGGGCCAUCAAUCUACACUUGCAAAGGGAAUUCGUGGGCACCACCCAUUUCAGACUCACUUACCUGUGAAAAAGAUAAACUGACAAUAUUAAAGGGCUCUUGUCAGCCAGGACAAAAACAAUCAGGAUCAGAAUGCAUCUGUCUGUCUCCAGAAGAAGACUGUAGUCAAGAUUCAGAAGAUCUCUGUGUAUUUGAUACGGACUCCAAUCAUUAUUUGACCUCAUCUGCUUGUAUGUUUUUGGCCAAGAAAUGUUUAAAUAAUCAACAUCUCCAUUUUCUCCAUAUUGGUUCCUGCCAAGAAGGUGUAGAGUUAGAAUGGGGUCUUGAAAGGACAAAACUUGCAUCCAAUAGCACAAAGAAAGAACCCUGUGGCUACGACACCUGCUACGACUGGGAAAAAUGUUCAGCCUCCACUUCCAGCUGUAUCUGCCUGUUGCCCCCUCAGUGUGUCAAAGGUGGAAACCAGCUCUACUGUGUCAAAAUGGGGUCACUGGCACGUAAGAAAACGGCGAACAUCUGUGAAGUGGGAGCUGUGAGAUGUGCAAAAAGGAAAGUGGAGAUCCUGCACGCUGGGAGGUGCCUGGCCUAGCACCAAAGCGGACUUACCAUCCAAAGGAAAGCCCUGCAGAAGGAUAUGUUUGUGUGUGUGGCUCAGCUGCGAAUUGCUGACAAGUUCUUUUGUGGAGCGGGGACUAUAGCUCAGUGGCACUAGCACCUGCCUGGCAAGCAGGAGGGAGGUCCUCACUUCGACUCCCGGUACAAAAAAAAAGAAAGGAAAAGAAAAAGGAAACUCUUCUGUGUUGAUUUGAUAUCCUUAUUCUUUCCUUAAAUCGCCUGUUUUUAGCCACACCUGUAUGGUUUCAGGACAAAUCACCCCAUAAUACAUCCCUGAGCAACAACUCCCACAUCAGUCUAGUAAACUUUCUUGUAUAUAUCUCAUGAAAAUAAGGAGAAUUCUAAAAACUACUUUGUAAAGCAUGUGAUACUCACAAUGAAAAGUAAGUGUAUUUUCUUCAAUAAAUCAAUAAACAAAGAAAUGCACAGUAUCUAUAAAAUACAUUAUGGAAACCUAACCAUCAUAUAUUCAUUGAUGUAUUUCUACUGAUAUAUUUGAUAUUUUUUAAUAUUUGCUGAGCACUAUUAAAGGUCCUAAGAAAACAGCAAAUCCCUUGCUUUCACUGGAUUCAUAUUCAUAUGGGGUUAGACAUAUAAAAAAUACCUGCGUAAAGUAUAUAAUAUGAUUGAUGUUGCUGUGGAGCAAAUGAACCAUGGAAGGGUAAGCCCCAUCCUCCAGCAUCAUUUUAUGCAAUAAAAUAUCCCAUAGGAAUAAACACCACUAAGCAUGCUUAGGCUUCAGUGGGAAUCGCCUCAUUUAAAGUAGUUAAAAGAUAUAAGCUCUGUAGUUUCGUUUUCUGAGAUAGGAGAAAAGAAAAUCUCUUCACCUCAGUUGAAGUAUGUCACAAAGCUCGAAGUGUCACAAAACUCAAUGCAAAGAAAAUCGCCUGAUAAUUUUAAAGGAGUAAUUUUUAAAUAAAUCAAUACUGUUCAUUAAGCCAUAAGUAGAUAAUUCUUGGUGGGAGAAGCCAGC